UCCGAGGAACUUUUCGUGAACGCGGGCCUCCUGCGAAGCCUGGCGGGUGCCGGCGCCAUGGACGAGCUGCCUUUCGGCGAGGCGGCUCUGGAAGAGGCGCUGGCCGAGCCGUGCGAAUUGGACGCGGCGCUGCUGACCGACAUCGAAGACAUGCUUCAGCUCAUCAACAACCAAGACACUGACUUCCCUGGCCUGUUUGAUGCCCCCUAUGCAGGGGGCGGGGCAGGAGACACAGAGCCCACCAGCCCCCGUGCCAGCUCUCCUGAGAGCUUGUCUUCUCCUGCUUCUCUGGGCUCCUCUCUGGAAGCCUUCCUGGGGGAACCCAAGGUGACACCUGCAUCUUUGUCCUCUCUGCCGUCUGCGUCCACUGACUUGAAGAUAUACCCGACUGUGCCCUCCUUCUCCCCUGGGCCUGGAAUAAAAGAAGAGCCAGUGCCACUCACCAUCUUGCAGCCCCCAGCGGCACAGCCAUCACCAGGGACCCUCCUGCCACCGAGCUUCCCUCCACCAGCCCUGCAGCUCAGCCCUGCUCCUGUGCUGGGCUACUCUAGCCUUCCUUCAGGCUUCUCAGGAACCCUUCCUGGAAACACCCAACAGCCACCAUCUAGUCUGUCACUGGCCUCUGCACCAGGAGUCUCUCCCGUCUCCUUACACACCCAGGUCCAGAGCUCAGCCUCCCAGCAGCCGCUGCCAGCCUCCCCAGCCCCCAGAACAACCACUGUGACCUCACAGAUCCAGCAGGUUCCAGCCCCUCCCACCCAGGUUGUGCUGCAGCCGCACUUCAUCAAGGCAGAUUCACUGCUGCUGACAGCUGUCAAAGCAGAUGCAGGACCCACGAUGAAGACAGCUGGCAUCAGCACCCUGGCCGCUGGCACAGCUGUGCAGACAGGCCACUUGCAGACCCUGGUGAGUGGUGGGACCAUCCUGGCCACGGUACCGCUGGUUGUGGACACAGACAAACUGCCCAUCCACCGACUGGCAGCCGGCAGCAAGGCCCUGGGCUCAGCUCAGAGCCGUGGUGAGAAGCGCACAGCCCACAAUGCCAUUGAGAAGCGCUACCGUUCCUCCAUCAAUGACAAGAUUGUGGAGCUCAAGGACCUGGUGGUGGGCACAGAGGCAAAGCUGAAUAAAUCUGCUGUCUUACGCAAGGCCAUCGACUACAUCCGCUUCUUACAGCAGAGCAACCAGAAGCUCAAGCAGGAGAACCUGACCCUGCGAAGUGCUGCCCACAGAAGCCAGUCACUGAAGGACCUGGUGUCGGCUUGUGGUAGUGGAGGAAACAUAGACGUGGCCAUGGAGGGUGUGAAAUCAGAAGUGGAGACACUGACCCCUCCACCCUCAGAUGCCGGCUCGCCCUCCCAGAGUAGCCCCUUGUCCCUUGGCAGCAGAGGUAGCAGCAGUGGUGGCAGCGACUCGGAGCCUGACAGCCCAGCCUUCGAUGACAGCCAGGUGAAAGCCCAGCAGCUGCACAGUCAUGGUAUGCUGGACCGCUCCCGCCUGGCCCUGUGUGCGCUGGUCUUCCUGUGUCUGACCUGCAACCCUUUGGCCUCGCUGUUUGGCUGGGGCAUCCCCAGUCCCUCCGGUGCUGCUGGUGCACAUCACAGUUCUGGGCGCAGCAUGCUGGAGGCUGAGAGCAGAGAUGGCUCUAACUGGACCCAGUGGUUGCUGCCACCCCUAGUCUGGCUGGCCAAUGGACUACUGGUGUUGGCCUGCUUGGCUCUUGUCUUUGUCUAUGGGGAACCUGUGACCCGGCCCCACAGUGGCCCAGCUGUUCACUUUUGGAGACAUCGCAAACAAGCUGACCUGGACUUGGCCCGGGGAGACUUUGCCCAGGCUGCUCAGCAGCUGUGGUUGGCCCUGCAGGCCUUGGGACGGCCUCUGCCCACCUCAAACCUGGACCUGGCCUGCAGCCUACUUUGGAACCUCAUUCGCCACCUGCUACAGCGUCUCUGGGUGGGCCGCUGGCUGGCAGGCCAGGCUGGGGGCCUGUGGAGAGACUGUGGGCUGAGGAUGGAUGCUCGUGCCAGUGCCCGAGAUGCAGCACUUGUCUACCAUAAGCUGCAUCAGCUGCAUGCCAUGGGGAAAUACACAGGAGGGCACCUGGCUGCUUCUAACCUGGCACUGAGUGCCCUGAACUUGGCUGAAUGUGCAGGAGAUGCUGUAUCCAUGGCAACACUGGCGGAGAUCUAUGUGGCUGCUGCCCUUAGGGUCAAGACCAGUCUCCCAAGAGCUUUGCACUUUUUGACACGUUUCUUCCUGAGUAGCGCUCGCCAGGCCUGCCUGGCACAGAGUGGCUCAGUGCCUCUUGCCAUGCAGUGGCUCUGCCACCCUGUAGGCCACCGUUUCUUCGUGGAUGGGGACUGGGCUGUGCACGGUGCCCCACAGGAGAGCCUGUACAGCGUGGCUGGGAACCCAGUCGAUCCGCUGGCUCAGGUGACCCGGCUAUUCUGCGAACAUCUCCUGGAGCGAGCACUGAGCUGUGUUGCACAGCCUAGCCCAGGAGCAGCUGAUGGAGACAGGGAGUUUUCAGACGCACUUGGAUACCUGCAGUUGCUGAACAGCUGUUCUGAUGCUGUCGGGGCUCCUGCCUGCAGCUUUUCCGUCAGCUCCAGCAUGGCUUCUACCACUGGCACAGACCCAGUGGCCAAGUGGUGGGCCUCCCUGACAGCAGUGGUGAUCCACUGGCUGCGGCGGGAUGAAGAGGCAGCUGAGCGCCUGUACCCACUGGUGGAGCACAUGCCUCAAGUGCUGCAGGAGACUGAGAGACCCCUGCCCAGGGCAGCUCUGUACUCCUUCAAGGCUGCCCGGGCGCUGCUGGACCACAGAAAGGUGGAAUCAGGCCCUGCCAGCCUGGCCGUCUGUGAGAAGGCCAGUGGGUACUUGCGGGACAGCUUAGCCACUACACCACCUGGCAGCUCCAUUGACAAGGCCAUGCAGCUGCUCCUGUGUGAUCUGCUGCUUGUGGCCCGCACCAGCCUGUGGCAGCGUCAGCAAUCACCAGCCUCAGCCCAGGUGGCUCAAAGUGCCAGCAACGGGCCCCAGGCUUCUGCGCUGGAGCUGCGUGGUUUCCAACAGGACCUGAGCAGCCUGAGGCGCUUGGCACAGAGCUUCCGGCCUGCUAUGAGGAGGGUGUUUCUGCACGAGGCCACAGCUCGGCUGAUGGCGGGGGCAAGUCCUGCGCGGACUCACCAGCUCCUGGACCGCAGUCUGCGGAGGCGGGCGGGCUCCAGUGGCAAAGGAGGUGCUGCAGCUGAGCUGGAGCCUCGACCCACAUGGCGGGAGCACACAGAGGCCUUGCUGCUGGCCUCCUGCUAUCUGCCACCUGCCUUCCUGUCGGCCCCUGGACAGCGUGUGAGCAUGCUGGCUGAGGCCACACGCACUGUAGAGAAGCUUGGUGACCACCGACUACUGCUCGACUGCCAGCAGAUGCUCCUGCGCCUGGGCGGCGGGACCACUGUCACUUCCAGCUAGGCCUUGGAUGGUUUCCCCAGUAGAGACCCUUAAAGACAUUUGUCACUGGCUGUGGUAGGUGAGAGAGGGUGAGCCUGACAAGCAAUCAGGAUCAUGCCGACCUCUAGUGGAAGAUCUAGAAACUACAGAGGCUGCACUGGCCCAGUGCCACCCUCUUGCUCUAUAGGCACCUUAGUGGCUUUUUCCUGUCCUAUGGAAAGAAACCUUUCCCCUAGCAGAGGGCCACUCUGUCCAAGGCUCUCCCCUCCUGGCAGACUUGUACAUAGCGUAGAUCCAACUGAGCCGGCCCCCUGUGCAGGCUCAUGGACUACUUGACUUUUGCAAACUUUAUUUUCCUAGGUUGAGAGAUUUUGUACAGAAAAUUAAAAGUGAAAUUAUUUAUAACCUCAUUUUUGUUUAUCUGGGAAGGCAGAUGUGGGCGUCAUCUGACUGCCAUCCUUCCUGGAUUGUCUUCUGGGAAGCUCUAAGGGUGUGUUUUCUGGCUUCUGCCUUGGGGUGGUCUGAUGCUGACCAAGCUGUCCCACUGAUCUCAUGGCUACACUUUAGCUCAAUCAACCUUGAGAGGCCUUGAUGGUCUCAGUUGUCUCUUUGCCCCAGCCCCUCACCAGGUCCCGGGGUGAUGAGGGCAGCCAGCAUCUGAAGGCCAGGCUACCGUCUCCCUGUAUGAGCAUCACACACAAUUCCGUGGUCAGCUCUGAGACCACACAGGUCUACCAACGAGCACAAUCUGGGGUCCCUGUUUGUGUCCCCCGGCCCUUUCCCUUCACUUCCAACCCUGGGGAAUCUGGUCGGCAUCCACAGGCCUCAGACUUCCAAAACAAUCGUGGUAUCUUUAUUGACUUUUUUUUUUUCUGAAUGCAAUGACUGGUUUUUUUUUUUUACUCUUAAGGAAAAUAAACAUCUUUUAGAAACA